UGACACUGUGCUAAAUCAAAAUGUUCUGGAACUUGUCUAGUCUACCAAGGGACUACAGUACAACAAUUAAUGUCAUAUAGACUUUAUCAAGGACUCAGACUCUCAAACACCCGCAUUUGACUUUGGUGUGAUCCAUGUUCAGGCUCAUGCAGAUGCCGCCACGCCAGUGAGGCUUAGACGCUUCGCCGAAAUUGAUCAGCCUUAUUCACCCUACCUAACCUCCGCACAGCUUGUAAAAUCCCUUCUCACUGUAUAUAAAACUCCAUCUUCGACGUCUUCUUAGAGGCAGAGUCUGUGAUGGCUCUUAUAAGAUCAUCUCCAGAUAUUCGGGCUGCGGAUCCCACAAAAUCCCUCACAGCAGCGUUGCUGACCUUCGAAGAUACCCUGACUAACAAGCAAAAGCAACAGUAUCACGCAAGUACUGUGAAACCAGAUGCUGCAAGCGUCAUUGCUUUUGUUGCAGAGAUCGACGCCAAAAACAACAGCACGAGCAGGAGAUGUGUAGCACCGCGGUUGUGCACCUUUCUGGAGGCGACGCAACAGUUUAGCAGCGUCCUGGACACGUUUGUUAGCUCCAACCCCACACUCGCCGCCCUCAUCUGGGGAGGCGUGAAGAUGGCCAUAUUGACGGCUAGCAAUGUCGCGUCUUAUUUCGACAAGGUCACCAGCAUGAUUAUGGCGAUUGGAAAGUCAUGCCCGACGUAUCAAGAAUUCGGUCAACUCUAUCCUGGCUGCGUCGAGCUCCAACGUGCGUUAUGUGAUUACUAUGCCGCCAUCGUGAAUCUGUGCAUCAAGAUUAUUGGAGUCUCAAGAAGGACCCCUGUUACACAUACAUUAACCGCCAUCUUCGUUCCUUUCGAGUCUGAGUUCAAAUCUGAGCUAAACGAUAUAGACCAAAUCGCGAAGGAUAUACAGUUCCAGAUAUCACUUGCCUCAAAGCUGGCUCUUGAGGAAACAAGGAAGUUACUGGAGCACGAAAGGCAGGACAACACAGCGUUUCGGCAGUUGACAUCGAAAUUCCAGAAAAAGACUGAAAAAGAGCAUGCUGAAGCGAAACAGUUGCGGACCAAUCAGAUGAAAAGAGAAGCCGCAAAGUUGAAAUCAAGAAUUCGAAAAAAUCUUUCAUCCAUCGACCAUAUUACCCCAUGGAAGCAGGCUAUCCGACAACGUGUUCCCUCCACAGCCGAGUGGCUGCAGCAGGAAUUCCUCUUUCAUCAGUGGAAGGAUGAUCUGGAUACUGCCACCCUCUGGUGUUCAGGUACGAUGGGUGUGGGUAAGACAGUGCUCAUGGCUAAUGUGGUAGCCCAACUGCAUGCAUCGCGCAAAGACAAUGACAUUAUAUCAUAUUACUUUUGUCGCGCCGACAAUGCGCUCACACUUUCAGCGAGGAGCAUUUUGGGAAGUCUCGCUCGUCAAAUAUUAGAUUCCCAGAUUGAGAAUGCCGAGCAUGACAGUCUACGUGUCCUGGACAAGGAUAGUCGAGACCUUGACGUAACUGAUGUUAUUGAUUUUCUAUUGUCUCACCUUCAGGUUGGCAAGACAUACUAUCUAGUUCUCGAUGGCCUCGAUGAAUGCGAUAGGGCUGAAAUUCAAAUGGUGGCGCGGAGCCUGGCUCAGCUCUGCGACAAGCGUGUUAGUGACUUCAAAAUUAUCUGUGCGGGUCGCCCCGAGCUUGAAAAGGAGCUAUGGAGAGUGCUCACCCCCAAGUAUAAAAUCCAAGUCACUGAAAGGAAAGUCGAGUCAGAUAUGGAUCUCUAUAUUGCCACGAUUUUGAGUCGCUGCCUGGAAGAGGAGCAGCUGAAGCUAGGGGAUCCGAAGCUCAUCAUGGUAAUAGUACAGGCCCUACGAGAAGGGUCUAAAGGGAUGUUCCUUUGGACUAGACUUUUCAUCGAAGAACUCUGCGAACAAAACAGUGACGAUGACAUAUUAAAAGCAUUGAAGGAUCUACCGCGUGGAUUGUCUGAAAUUUUCAAUCGAAAACUACGUCGUAUCCGAGAUAGAACUGCAGCAAAGGAAGCAUUAAAGAUACUCCAAUUCUGUGGCGUGGCGAAACGAUCAUUGACAGUCAUGGAAUAUCAGGAAGCCUUGAGUCUCUUUCCUGGCCAAAAGUCUCUUGACCGCGGGAGGCUCCUUAAUGAUAUAUUCAGAGCCGUUAGUGAUUGUUGUGGGUUGAUAUUCGUUGAGGAAGAGGAAAACACUGUGCACUAUGUUCAUCAAAGUGUUGGACAACACCUAUUCACCAACCGCCAUCCACACUCGCCGGAAUUCGAUAUGGCGAAAGUUGAUCAGCAUCUCGGAUUCCUUUGCAUGACUUACCUCAAUUUCACCGACUUUAAGCGCCAGCUAACGAAGGUGAAGGCGGGUUCCAGUGUCCCUAUCAGGCCCGUUCAGCUUGGGACCUUGCCCGUCUAUCAUUCAAGCAGUUUUACUAAGCGGAUGGCUCAGAAGCUGCUUUCCCAUAGCCCUGGAUUGCAGCAUCUCAGCGGUGCAGAGCUAGCGAAAAGGGCCCAAGAAGCACUUGGCGAUAUGGAGUCUUCUCGUCUGGAGCGAGAAAUUCAGAAGCGAGACUUCCAGUUCUUCAACUACGCCUGGACUUAUUGGAUUAAUCAUGUGACGGAUCUAGACCCAGAAACAGAGAACAUGAUGUGGAGAUUAUUUUGUCAAUGUGUAGAAGGCAAUAAUAUUCUUGCAUACAGACCAUGGGAGUCCAAGCAGCUGGACCACAGAGAAAAGAGCAAUAUACCGAAGGCAGUACAGUGGCUAGUAGCCAACGGGAAUUACAGCUUACUUCUGUACUAUGCAAUGCACCACUCCCACGUUUUGACUGAGAAUGUGAAGCGCGAAAUCCUUCGCAACAGCACCAUUCACAAGCGUUAUCGCUUCACAAAGCUGAUCAUCCAACAGACCAAUACUUCUAGCGAAACCUUAAAACAUGGAUUGCUAUAUGCUGCGAGAGAAGGGUGCAAUAUUUCAGUCAUGAGUUUACUUCAAGCAGCCGUCUAUGUGAAUGAUCAAGUAUGUGGCCAAUCAGCGCUUCAAGCAGCAGCUGAGGGUGGUCAUGUUGAGGUAGUGGAGAUGCUUCUAGCAGCAAAGGCUGAUGUUAAUGCUCCUGCUACUAAUGGUAGACAAACAGCACUCCAAGCAGCAGCUGAGGGAGGUUAUGUUGAGGUAGUGGAGAGACUGCUAGCAGCAAAGGCUGAUGUUAAUGCACCUGGUACUAGUUAUGGUGGACGAACAGCACUCCAAGCAGCAGUUGAGGGAGGCCAUGUUGGGGUAGCGGAGAGGUUGAGACAUGCUGGGGCAAGGUGACAAUCCCCUAUCUUGGCAACGAGUUAUAUUAGACCGUUCUACAUACUGGACAUUUCAGUGCGUGUCGUUUUGGACCUCACGGCUGAAGGCGCAAUGCAAGCCCCCAAGAGCCUCUUUCUUUACUUGCCUAGCUGUUCACUAGCUAAGGACUUGAAUGUUCAUUCAGACCGACUGUUCCUAGAGGGCAAGUCGCCUUUACUAAUU